GGGAGGUUUGAACGGCGGCGGCGGAUCCCGGGCGCGACGUUACUGGGCAGGAGCGGGGCUUGGGGAUACCCGGCAGUGGUGUGGGGGUAUCUCUCCCGAACACCUGAGUCCGCCCUGACUCCCUCUUCCACGGCCGCCGGCUCCCUUCCUGGGCUUGCCCUGACCCUGCGGUGGACUCGGCCACGCCAUGCCCCGCCCCAAACCCACCCCCCGACGGCGUGGCGGUCCCCCCUAUCCAAUGCCUGCAGGGCGCCGUCCAGGUCAGCUGGCAUUGCAGGAGAUCCGCAAGUACCAGAAGAGCACCUGCCUGCUGCUGCGCCCCGGCCCCUUUGCCCGCCUGGUGCGGGAACUCUGCCUAGUCUUCACCCGCGGGGUCGAUUACCGCUGGCAGCGCAUGGCCCUGGUGGCACUGCAGGAGGCAACAGAGGCCUUCAUGGUGCGGCUGCUGGAGGACGCGUACCUGUGCUCGCUGCAUGCCCGCCGAGUGACCCUGUACCCCAAGGAUCUGCAGCUGGCUCGGCGCCUGCGGGGACCCGAGACGGGAGGCAUCUGAAUGGAGACCCCCCCCACGUGGACCCAUCCCAUAGACUCCCCUCUACUGGACCCCCACCUCAGGAUCCCCAACAACCCCUUCAGGGACCCAUCCCAGGGUGGGGGUCCCCUUCCUUGGUCCAGCACCCCUGUUGAGGAGCCCUACCCAUGAUCCACCUGGAACCCCCCUCACCAGAAUGCCAGUCCCAGGGAAACUUAGCCAGGACCCUUACCCUAG